GAUAUUAGUGAAGAAUCUGAUCCAGCACUUGAUCUGCAUAUGUCCUUGGAAGAGCUUUAUGCCCAGAAUCUCCUGCAGAGACAGGAUGAGAAUCCACCUUCAGUGGAUCUCAGCAUGGGGACUGUUUCUGGCUUCACCAUGAAUGAUUAUACCCCUUCAAAUGCUAUGGAGCAGCAGUAUGAAUGUGAAAGCAGAGUAGCUUGGACUGAGUCUCAGUUACCCAGUGAUGUGAUGCCAUGCACAGACCUUGCUUCUCCUGACCUACUUGAUUCAACUGGAAAGGGUUCUGAGUAUUUGAUUGAACAGCGCUCCCUGGCCUGUAAUGCCGAAAGUGUCAUACUGCAGAAUAUGUCCAAAGAAUCUUUUGAGAGGACUAUUACUAUAGCAAAAGGCAAUUCUAGUCUAGGGAUGACAGUGAGUGCUAAUAAAGAUGGCUUGGGGAUGAUUGUUCGAAGCAUUAUUCAUGGAGGUGCCAUUAGUCGAGAUGGCCGGAUUGCUAUUGGGGACUGCAUUUUGUCUAUCAAUGAAGAAUCUACCAUCAGUUUAACCAAUGCCCAAGCACGAGCCAUGUUGAGAAGACAUUCUCUCAUUGGACCUGAUAUAAAAUUUUCUUCAGCACCUGCUGACGAUCGAGCCCCCUUUUAUAUAAUUACUUACAUACCUGCAGAGCAUUUGGAGGAAUUUAGAAUAAGCUUGGGACAGCAAUCUGGAGGAAUAAUGGCCCUGGAUAUUUUUUCUUCAUACACUGGAAGAGACAUUCCAGAAUUACCAGAACGGGAAGAAGGAGAAGGAGAAGAAAGUGAACUUCAGAAUGCAGCCUAUAGCAAUUGGAAUCAGCCCAGGCGGGUUGAACUUUGGAGAGAACCAAGCAAGUCCUUGGGCAUCAGCAUUGUUGGUGGACGAGGUAUGGGGAGUCGUCUAAGCAAUGGAGAAGUUAUGAGAGGCAUUUUCAUCAAACAUGUUCUUGAGGAUAGUCCAGCUGGCAAAAAUGGAACCUUGAAACCUGGAGACAGAAUAGUAGAGGUGGAUGGAAUGGACCUCAGAGAUGCAAGCCACGAGCAAGCUGUGGAAGCCAUUCGGAAAGCAGGCAGCCCUGUAGUCUUUAUGGUACAGAGCAUUAUAAACAGACCGAGGAAAUCCCCUUUGCCUACCUUGCCGCACAACCUUUACCCUAAGUACAACUUCAGCAGCACUAACCCAUUUGCUGACUCUCUCCAGUUCACCGCUGACAAGGCACCCAGUCAGUCAGAGCCAGAACCAGAGCAAGAGCCAGAGCCAGAGCAAGCUCCAUUGUGUGGUAGGCCUUCACCAUCUCCUUCAGCAUUGGCAGAAAUGGAUAGUGAUCACACACAGUCAGCUGCAACCACAGUCUCAGAAGAUGUGGACCAGGAGGAUGAGUUUGGUUACAGCUGGAAGACUAUCAGAGAGCGUUAUGGAACCCUAGCAGGAGAGCUCCAUAUGAUUGAACUGGAAAAAGGUCGUAGCGGUUUGGGUUUAAGUCUUGCUGGAAAUAAAGAUCGAACCAGAAUGAGUGUUUUUAUUGUGGGGAUUGACCCAAAUGGAGCAGCAGGGAGAGACGGACGAUUGCAGGUUGCAGAUGAGCUUCUGGAGAUCAAUGGCCAAAUUUUAUAUGGAAGAAGUCAUCAGAAUGCUUCAUCAAUCAUCAAAUGUGCUCCUUCUAAAGUAAAAAUAAUUUUUAUAAGAAAUAAAGAUGCUGUGAGUCAGAUGGCUGUAUGUCCUGGAAGUACAGUAGAAACUCUGUCUUCUGCCUCAGAGAAUCUUCAAAACAAGGAGGCAUUUGUGGAACCAAAUGUUACUACUUCUGAUGCAGCUGUGGACUUCAGUUUAUUCAAAAAUGUGCACCAUCUAGAGCUUCCCAAGGAUCAAGGGGGUUUGGGCAUUGCUAUCAGUGAAGAAGAUACCUGCAAUGGAGUCAUCAUAAAGAGUUUAACGGAGCAUGGGAUAGCAGCCAAGGAUGGACGACUCAAAAUUGGAGAUCAGAUCUUGGCUGUGGAUGAUGAAAUUGUUGUUGGCUAUCCUGUUGAAAAGUUUAUUAGCCUUCUGAAGAUAGCAAAGACAACAGUAAAACUGACAGUUUGUGCUGAGAAUCCAGAUUCCCAAGCAGCUGGUGCAGCCAAUGGAGAAAAAAAGAUCAGCUCCAAGCCUCCUGCAGUCCCACAGUCUGGUGCCUCUGAACUGGAACAGGAGCCCAUGCGAAGUUCCAGCAGGUCAUCAACACCAGCAAUCUUUGCUUCUGAUCCUGCAACCUGUCCCAUUAUCCCUGGCUGUGAAACAACAAUUGAGAUUUCCAAAGGGCGCACAGGUCUGGGCCUAAGCAUUGUUGGGGGAUCUGACACACUGCUGGGUGCCAUUAUUAUCCAUGAAGUUUAUGAAGAAGGUGCAGCAUGUAAGGAUGGAAGACUUUGGGCUGGAGACCAGAUUUUAGAGGUGAAUGGAAUUGACUUGAGAAAGGCCACACAUGAUGAAGCGAUCAAUGUCCUGAGACAGACACCACAAAGAGUGCGGUUAACCCUCUACCGAGAUGAGACCCCAUACAAAGAGGAAGACGUGUGCGAUGCCCUUACCAUUGAGCUACAGAAGAAGCCUGGAAAAGGCCUGGGAUUAAGUAUUGUUGGUAAAAGGUAUGACCAGAGAAGACCUUACACAGAACUAAUACAUUUCUGUAAAACAACCACUCCACAGUGUUCCUUAGGCACAGUGACCCUGGAAGUUGGUAGAAUGAAAGCUGGCCCAUUUCAUUCAGAGAGGAGGCCUUCUCAAAGUAGCCAGGUGAGUGAAGGCAGCCUGUCAUCUUUCACUGUUCCUCUGCCUGGAAUAAGUACAUCAGAGACACCAGAAAGUAGCUCAAAGAAGAAUGCAUCAGCAUCUGAAAUACAGGGAUUAAGAACAGUUGAAAUUAAAAAGGGGCCUACUGAUUCACUGGGGAUCAGCAUUGCUGGAGGAGUGGGCAGCCCUCUAGGGGAUGUUCCAAUAUUUAUUGCAAUGAUGCACCCAAAUGGUGUGGCAGCUCAGACGCAAAAGCUCAGAGUUGGUGAUCGGAUUGUCACUAUAUGUGGGACAUCCACAGAAGGAAUGACUCACACUCAAGCAGUGAGUUUACUGAAAAAUGCCUCAGGCUCCAUUGAAGUACAGGUGGUUGCUGGAGGCGAUGUGAGCGUGGUCACAGGGCAUCAGCAGGAGCCUGUCAAUUCAAGUCUUUCUUUCACUGGACUCACGUCAAGCAGUAUAUUUCAGGAUGAUUUAGGACCUCCGCAGUGUAAAUCUAUUAGCCUAGACCGUGGACCAGAUGGCUUAGGCUUCAGCAUAGUAGGAGGAUAUGGCAGCCCUCAUGGAGACUUACCCAUUUAUGUUAAAACUGUGUUUGCAAAGGGAGCAGCCUCUGAAGAUGGCCGUCUAAAAAGAGGUGAUCAGAUCAUUGCUGUCAAUGGGCAGAGUCUAGAAGGGGUAACCCAUGAAGAAGCUGUGGCCAUCCUUAAACGGACAAAGGGCACUGUUACAUUGAUGGUACUUUCCUGAAUUGACUACCAGAACUGAACCAAUCCAACACCUCUGUCACCUCCCACUGUAAGGGGACUGGUGCUGGUCUUGGGGAUGAUAUUUCUUAUGCUCUAGUCAUGGGCCUUCAAAAUAGUAGAGGAAAAAAAAUAAUAAAGUUGUUUUCCAAGUAUGGAAAUAGUUACUCCACUGAUAACUCAGUCAUUUUUCUUUUCGCCUUGCUUCCUGUAAAGCUAAGCUCAAAGAAAGGAAUUGUUGCAUAGGUUUUACAUUAAAGCUACUGCUUUGUAUUUACAUGUACAGAAAUUAUUGUGUGCUCAUCUUGGUAGUAGAAAGAAAAGGUAAUUCUAAAGCUAGCUAAGAGAAGUGGCUAUUAGGAUGAGAAAUGAAAACAAUGGGGAAAAUGUUGGGUAGUUUUAUAAAAAUGCCUCAAUUUGCCAAUCCAACUAUCUUCCCUACUGCAAACUUUAAAAAUCAUAUUCAAAAAUUCAAAUGCCCUUUUAUCAGCUUUAAGUAUUGCCUGUUACAAAAAAUUACUUCUCCCUACUUCUGACACACUUGUUUUCUGCUAAAAUUAGUUUCUAUGAUUGAAGGACUGGUGAAUAUAUGAACUUUUCCUAAUUUUGUCUAGAAAAAAAUAUUUAAUUUACAAGUGGAUGUUUAUUUUUGUUUUUUAACCUGUUAUAAAGUAUUUUCAUACUGCUGUAAGUAAAUGAAGAUGCUACUCCAUGUUGACAAUGGGUUUUCUAGAAAGUAAGAAUGCUAAACAUGGAGGAACUUGGGAGCCAAGAUCUUGGAGUGCUGAUGUUAACAACUGAGAUAACCCUGAAAAUGUGUUCAUAUGUUGUGUAAUUGUUUUUCAAUUAGUAUUGAUCUUAAUGACAGAUGAAAAAACAAUGUGUUAGUUAUUACUUUGGUUGUAUGUGAUUAGUGAGUUGAUAGAAAAAUGAACGGAAUUAACAUAACUUCAUUUGAUUGCUUUAUAUUAACGUUUAUAAUACAAUAGUUUAAGACUAAGAGAGACAGAUGGAGCUGUUUACUGAGACAACUGGCAAGAUAUUAUCAUGUGUUCAUUCCCAUUUUAGAGCGUGAAACUCCUACAUUAGAAUAUAUAAAGUUGCUUUAAAUAUUAUCUAUAUUUGUAACAGAAGUAGUGUACAGAUAUUUUAUUACAGCAUUUUUGUAUAAAUGCAGAAUUAAAGUCAAUAAAUAAGUUUCAGUGCA